UGGACAGUCAUCUCAGAGAGAGAGAGAGAGAGAGAGAGAGAGAGAGAGAGAGAGAGAGAGAGAGAGAGAGAGAGAACUGUGUCUGGGUCAGCUUGGACAGUCAUCUCAGAGAGAGAGAGAGAGAGAGAGAGAGAGAGAGAGAGAGAGAGAGGAGGUAUGUCAGAGGAUGUGGUUUUCCUGAGCUUGCUGAACAUCGCGCAGGCAUACUUUGAGCAUGACCUAAACAGCUGCACGCGAAGUGUGUUCUCUGCGCUCCGUUAGCUGCCUGUCGCAGGAGGACUGAUCAGCUCGGCAUCUGGGGAGAAUCGGAUCUUCGCUUAUUGUUAUUGUUGUCCCGACACGUCAAACGGGAAUCGCAAGGGUUAUUCGUGGACAGUAACCAUCACCAUCUUGAUUGACUUCUGAUAGUGGCUGAAGUCCAGCAUCUGCGUGUCAACACCUUCCCAACAGGUUUACGUGCGCACUCGUUUGGCAGAAAUGGGUUGUGGGUUAAGGAAGAUCCGUCAGAUGGAAGACAACAGUCCAGGAAAGAUCUACUCCACCCUCAAGAGACCGCAGGUGGAGACCAAGAUUGGGGUCGCCUACACAUACCAGCACUUGGACUUCCUGGUGGGGAAAGAUGAUGGGACGUCCACGCUGUGUCUGUCCUCGGUGAGGGAGCUGCCAUCACAGCUGCAGGAUCUGUACCAGCAGGGCUUCAUUCUUACAGCUGUGCACCCGUUUGUCCACCCGUGUGGCCCCGAGCCUGCCAGUGUCCAGCGCCAACUCUAUCGGGCGGUGCUCAUCAAAGUCUCUGACAGUUGGGAGAAGAAUCCAGCAGACUUUGAGCCAUACCAUCUGAAACUGGAGGAAUGUAUGUCUGCCGAGCAGAUUCCCAGCACGGAACACAUCCAAGGCUAUGUGAAAAAACAGAUCCAGGAUGCUGCGGAUCAGGGCAUCAUGUUUGUGGGUUUCAUCCAGGAGCCAGCUGGCCUACGCCCACAUGUGCUGCGGCAUGGAGAAUCAGAGGAACCUUCGCUCUCCCUGCACUCCAGUCCCAGCUCGCUGCAUGGCUCUGGGCUAACACCCAGCCCAAGUCCCCUGGAGGAGCCGGAGUUGCGAGACGAGCCUGGAGCGGAGAACCAAGCGAAGAACGGGGGAGGUGAGGAUCACACAGAGGACAUGAGAGUUUCUGAAGUUGGAGAUGGAAAUGAGCUCUUUGAUGAGACAUCGGGCAUGUUGAAAUCAGGAUCUGGCAAGACACAGCAAGGAGAUGCAAUAACACACAACAACAAUGACAUGGCCAAAAUCGCAGACACAACCGAGAAACCAAGCAGGUUGACCCUGGCAAAGAGUGGAGCCGAGCUCUUCGGGUUGUUUAACUACCCCGGUCAUCGUGAGGGUCAGCUGAAGUACUACACAGUUAAAGUGCCUCUACGAGUGCAGCCGCAGGGGGAAGGAAUCUGCACUUUAGAGGCAAACUGGCUAGAUCAUAUGACUCAACAUUUCAACAACGGAGCUUCACUGGUGGAUGGAUACUUUCAUCUGGCCACUGACAAUGAUCUGCUCGCUUCGACUGUGGACAGCGUGUUUGUGUUCCAGGAAGGUGUGGAAGGUGACACUAACGCAGCUACUGCGUACGACGCUAUAGUAGUGGAACAGUGGACAAUCAUCGAUGAUUUACAGGUAAAGACAGACUAUAUUCCUUUACUGCAGUCACUGGCUUCAUUCGGAUGGAGACUCACUUGUGUGCUGCCUACGCCUAUUAUUAAGACUAACAGUGAUGGAAGUUUGGCUACCAAACAGAUAGUUUUCCUCCAGAGACCAAUGCUGCCACGCAAGAAGAAAGAAUCUAAGAAAGUCAUCUUUAAAACACGGAAUAAGUCCAACAAGAAUUCUGUCAAAGACGCACCAAAGAACAAGAAGAAGAAAGAGUCCAUGGCCAGCGUAGAGAAAGAGAUCAGUGAUCAAAAGAUCUGUGACGGAGCAGAGAAGAUUGCUGAGAGAAAACGGCAUAAUGGCACUGAUUCUAAAGUGGAAAACACAGAGGACAUGAAUGAGACAGCAACAGGAAGUGAGGUAGAAGCUGACAAGGAAAAGCAGGAAGUAAUGGGUGGUAAUAGAGAUGGAAAUGCUGAGAAGGAAAAAAAGGAUGAGGAAGAGUCUAACGUAAAAACAGAGGCUGAAAUGGGUCCAUGUCAAGACAAGACUUCAGCUGUAGACCAGCGGACAGCACAAGAGACGGGACAGAGGGACAGUGAGGUGGACAAGCAGGAAGACAGGUCAGCCAAUCAGAACCAUGGUAAUAUGAAGGCAGGAGAAUUGUCAGCACCACAUGAUGAUGUCUCGGCCAAUCAGGAUUGAAGAUGUGCUCACACACAACAGGCCUAUAGACAUGGACCUUAAUGAAUGUUCAAAAUGCUAUACUGCAAAACAAAAGUAUUUAUUAAUCAAAAUGUUGGUCUCUUUUUUGAAUAAGUAUCUAAAAAUCCUAAAAACAAGAUAGAUAUAUUUGAGAAGCUAAAUUGCAUAAAAUGUUUUGACUUGUUUUCAGAGAAUAUAUCUUGAAAUAAGUUUAUCUUUUCAUACCUAGUUGGUAAAUAGUUAUUUUUUUUAAAUAUUUUUAAGCAUAAAAUUGUGUCCAAACAAAUGACAAGACGUUUGGCUGUUUGCCCACUUUUUCUGCCGUAUUGUUUCUGGAAGUAUUUAUCCUAUUAAUUUUUUCCAUAGGGAUUUCAUAAAAUUCCACCAGUUGACUAAGGUCAAGAAAGUCUUUAAUGAGAGAAAUAACUACUAAACCCUAAAAUGAAUGCAAAAAAAUUACGAUUUAACAAUUUAACUUUACAGCUCAAAUAAUACAUGAGUUUUAACAUAAGAUUUCAUGUAAGUGUAUUUCUGCAUUUAAACCCUCCAAAAAUUUGCCCCAUUCACUUCCAUUUUAAGUGACUCUCUGUAACCUCAAGUUUUGAUAAUGUUUUUUUUUUAAAGUAAAGGAGGGACCAGUCAAAAUUAACAUUUGUGGUAAUAAAUAUUAUGCCACAAGUGCUGUCGAUUAAGCUAAACUUGUACUGAACCCAGAAUAUUCCUUUAAGAUUUAUUGCAAAAUAUUCAGAUAUGUACACUGAUGAUCCAAAACAUUAUGACCACUAUAUACCUCGGUGAAGCGUAUAAUAUUGAUCAUCUCCUAACAAGGCCACAUGUCAAGGUCUGGUAGAUUAGAUGGUAAGCGAACAAUCAGUUCUUGUAGUCAACAUGUUGAAUGCAGGAGAAAUGGGCAGGAGUAAAGACCUGAGCGACUUUGACAAGAGCCAAAUUGUUAUGGCCAGACUACUGGGUCAGAGCAUCUCUGAAAAAGCAAGUGAUGUGGGGUGCUUGCGGUCAGCAGUGGUAGGUGAGUACCUACUGAUAGUGGUCCGAGUAGUAGGUGAGUACCUACUGAUAGUGGUCCUAGGAUGGACAACCCACAAACUGGCGACAGGGUUUUGGGUGCCCAAGGCUCAUUGAUGCACAAGAGCAACAAAGGCUAUCCCUUCUGGUCCAAACUGACAGAAGGUCUACUGUGGCACAGGACACAGAAAAGUGUAAUGAUGGUUAUGGAAGGAAUGUGUCACAACACACUGCUGUGUAUGGGGCUGUGUAGCCACAGACUGGUCAGAGUGCUCAUGAUGACCCCUGUCCACCGUCAAAAACACCUACAAUGGGUAUGCGAGCGUUGGAACUGGACCUUGGAGCAGUGGAAGCAGGUCGGCGGGUCUGACGAGCCCCGUGUACUUGUGCACCGUUUGCCUGGGGAAGUGAUGGCACCAGGAUGCACUGUGGGAAGAUGACAAGUCAGUGGAGGGAGUGUGAUGAUCUGGGCAAUGUUCUGCUGGGAAACCCUGGGUCUGGCCAUUCACGUGGACAUCAAUUUGACACGUGCCACCUACCUAAACAUCGUUGCAGACCAGGGACACCCCUUCAUGGCAAUAGUAUUCCCUCAUGGCAAUGGCCUCUUUCAGGAGGAUAAUGCGCCCUGCCACCCUGCACACAUUGUUCAGGAAUGGUUUGAGGAACAUGAUGAAUAAGAGAGUGUGAAAUCUGAUUCCCCAGAUUUUAGUACAAUUGUGCAUCUGUGGGAUAAACUGGACCAACCGAUCUAUGGCUGCUCCACCUCGCAACUUACAGGACUUGAAGGAUCUACUGGUAAUGUCUUGGUGCCAGAUACCACAGGACACCUUCAGGGUUCUUGUAGAGUCCAUGCUUUGGUGGGUCGGUACAGUUUUAGCAGCAUGCGGAGGACCAACAGCAUAUUAGGGACGUCUGGCUCAUCAGUGUAUAUACAAAUAUAAAGGUAGAGAGGGUUGAGAGUUGCUGCAGAGCUCUUUUGACACACUUUGUGUGCUGCAAUUUUCUGAUUGGUGUAUCUUUCUUUUCAGGAUCAUGGGUAGUGUAGUUCUUCACCAGAAAUGUAGCUAUUAAGUUUAAAUAGCAUACAACUUCGAUUAACAACCUCGCUGUAGGAGCUCUUGUCACUUUAAUGCAGCUGUUUAGAAAACGCUGUAAAUCUGCUCAAAACAAAAAGAAAAAGAUUGCCAAUUGGCUAAGGAAAUUCAACUUAAUUUAAAAUAUAUUUUCUGAAAAGAAGUCUUCACAUCUUAGGCAGUUUUGCUUCUCAAGUAAAUGUACCUUGUUUAAAGGAUGUUUAUAUAUAUUUACAAAAAAAAAAUACUGAUGAAGAAAAUGAGUUUCGCAGUGUAGAUUACUGUUGCAGACAGGUACACUGUCACAGAUACACCUCAACUGACAUUGUGACCUCUUGCACCAAAUGCUGAACGUUUCAACUCACUGGUGAGCAAAUGAUAGCAUCCCAUCCCCAUCGAGAUCUUUAAAUGAACAGAGGGGACUCCAGGAACAGGGAGGAGAUAUGGGAAGAGAUUGUUAUUGGCAAAUGCACUGGAUAGGAAAACCACAUUAAUAUUUACUCUAUGAGCCCAUAGGGCUGGGGACUGAUUUAAAGACUGCAUCUCUACCAUACUGCAUACUGAAGACAGCAGACGCACUGGAAGGAGAUGGUUACUGUUGCGAGAAGCAAUCGAUUGUGAUGUAAGGUGCAUAUGUUUGUGAAUGUUUUUGUUUAUGUUUAUAUGAAUAUUUCAUGUCACCAUCCCAAACGAAAGGGUUGCCAGAAUUUAAGAGAAGAUAAGCACCUGCUGGAUGUGUACUGGGAAUAUUUCUAAGUUUGCUAUGCAGUUGAUGCAGCUUUUUAUUUGUUGAUUUCUCCACUCGGAAAGCAAAUCCCACACUAGUUUAUAAGAACUGCUCACCCAAAAAGGAAAAUUCUGAACUAAGGCCACGUUCACAACAAUACGUUUUCGUUUGAAAAUGCAUUAAUUUCGCUACGUUUUGGCCUUCUGUACACACCGAGACAGCGUUACUGUCCAGUGAAAAUGGAGCUUUUUGAAAAAGCUCUUCCAAGUGGAUAAAUUUAAAAUAAAACUAUGACAUAUAUGUCAUCAUGUGAAGCAGUCAUGUGGUCCAUUCAACCCAAAACAGUCAAGAUGGUGGCCCAUGUUGUAGCGGCGUUGUUGUGCCUGCUGUUCACUUUGAUAGCUUAGUUAAAGAUAGAUGUUACUUUGUACAACCUUCACAUUACAUUCCUUCAAAGGCAAUGGGAAGUUUACACUGGAACACGAGGACAAUUGCAUUUCAUACUGUACAUGGAAAUUAAGGGGAUAAGUGCUUUCAGAUGUUUCAGUGUGGACGAGAGCAUUUUGAAAAUGAAAACGCUGUAUUGAAAUGUAUCCAGAUUAAUGUGGAUGUAGUCUAACCUUUCAAAGGAGACAAAUGGUAUUAUCAGUGUAAGGUUCGGUAGAGUUGGGUUUCAGUUUACUUUUACAUUGAGACAAUCUGCCCUAGCUCUAAAACAAAUCGUUUUAAAAUUUCUCUCAGAGGCAAUAAAGCUUCACAAAUCUCUGAUUUGGUUUUAGAAACAGACACUAAAAAGCAAAUUUUCUACUAAUUUGAUCUGACUUAUUUUUGUGCUAGAAACGCAUAGAUGUAGCAAAACGGAAUUGAAAAUAAGGCAGUAUCAUAGAUGAACAUACAACCACACUCCAUUGUUAAUGUAUACUCUAAUUCAUCUAAUUGGCCUAAUGUUUUAAAACUGAUAUUGAUAGUUUAAAAGUUAUUUAGAAAUAUUUUAAGUCAAUGUGCAUUCAAAAUAGACCCAAUUUACUUUCAUAAUGCACUGUUUUGGUCCAAGUAGUCCAAGUUUAAAAAAAAGUGUCCUUGUAAUCUUUAUUUCUACAUGUAAAUACUCUCUGAAAAUACUUUCCUUUUCAGUUGUCAAAACAAAGCCCUCUUGCUUUUCAGUCAUUCCCCACCAACCACAUGACUCUACUCUUGAAUGUAACGUCCACUUUUCAACGUCCACUUUCAAAAUGCAGCGCCUGUAAAUGUACAAAGACCAAUUAAAACGUAUCGGUAACAUUUUACAAUAAUGCUGCAUUCAAACAAUAAAAUUGUGCAUCAUUUAUUCAUAUUUGUUAAUGUUAGUUCAUAAAAAUUCAAUUGUUUAUUGCUAGUUCAUGUUAGCUCAUAGUGCAUUAACUAAUGUUAACAAAUGCAACUUUUGAUUUUAACUACGUUUUAGUAGUUCACAAGUUAAUGUAACUGCAUUGAGGAUAGUGUAAACGUGUUUGGCUCGCUGUCCUAGGUGAAAGGCGCGAGCCUUGACUCGAGACUUGACCCGAGCUCAAAUCCCCCCCGAACUAACAUUAGUUAUUGAUUAAAUGGAUAGUUGGAGAUGGGUAGAUGGAGGGAUGUCAGAAUGCUCGACACCACGUAGAUGUAAGCAGCUGUUUAUAUAUGCUUGCUCCUCCAGAACUUUAAUGAAACUCCAUUUCAGUAGUUCGCAAAUUAAUGUAAUCCUGCAUUGAGGAUUGGGCGAAGGGCUCAAGGCUCGAGACUUGACUUGAGCACAAAUACCCCCCAAAAAGAAGCCAGGAAACGAGACAGUGAACCAUUGGCUACAGAGCCUUGUAGUACGAAGUGGUGUUUACGAUGCCUCUUGUUCCCCUCAAAAGAAGCGAGCCUGAAAAUAUGAAAAUAGGGAGUUGCCAAAGAUGAUAGAACGAGUGGAGUGACUAGCGAAGGCAGCGUCAAGCUAGGGUCCGCUCAGGGGAUAGGAAACUAGGAGGUGCUGGAUAGAUAGAGAAUGAAGUAUUAAAAUAGGCUGAAGCACUGAAGAGACAGUGGCGGUUACGGACGCAUGGAAAUUACCCGAUCCAGAGGCGCACAGUGCCAGAACCCCUCUCCACUUCUGCUCUCCUCUGUCCCCGCCGUCAGUUGCUAUUCUAUUGACAGGCCAGCUCAUCUACCCACCUCACUAUCCCUGUGUUAUGUCUUCUAGGGUCUAAAUUAAGUCUAAGUGCAUUAAAAGAGGUGCGGCGCAAGGGGUAGAUCUUAUUCAGAACCACCUCAAGCACCACCCAUUUCCCUACCUAUUGACUGAUUGUGUGAUUAAGUGAAUGAUAUGAGAUGCAUUAAAAAGAAGUGGGGGGCAACAGUGCAGGACCUCUUCAGGCCCUCCACUCAGCACACCCUAAUUCUUAAGUAGGAGUGUGAAUGUUGGCGAUCUAACAUGAGGAGCAUUAAAAAGUGAGGUGUACAGAGUAGAGCCGGCCCCAGCAGUUGCAGUGGAGGAGCAGGUCUGGAGGCACGAUGAAGAGGGGAGGCAUAUUCUCCCUCAGGGUAAGCACCCCCACACACACACACACACACACACACACACACAAGGGAGCCAGUCUCAGGCCCUUGGAGGCAAAAGCAGCACAGAGUAAAAUUGCAGGUUGGCGGUGAGCCAUUCUAGAGAGAAGAUAUAGGUGAGCGUUUUGAGGCUUGUAGUACAGAGUGAAAGCGUUAUCCACAUCCUGCUGAUUUGUCCCUAAUGCUGUGAAUAUGUGAUGUUGUGAGAGAUGAGUUAUCUAAGUGGUGAAGGGGUAUGGCAGACGAUAAUAAAGCAGGUUUGCUAAGGUUGAUGAUUAAUAAAUGAAAUCGCGAAAACUGAAUCUCGGACAAAGGGGCCAGCGGAGCUAAGAAUUUAGAAAUUUGGACUGUACUAGCCAAGUGGAUGGGGAAUCAUUUGAGUUCUUUCUAGAGGGGUUAUUUGAUAUUUCUAUUGAGAUGUGAUCCAAAAGUAAGUUUUUCCAAAUAGUGAUAUCGAUUUUGUUUUUUGUUUUCCAAUUCAUGAAGAUGGUUUUCUUGGCGACAACUAGUGCGACCAGCAGAAUUUUACUAUUCAUGAACUAACCUUUUUAAGGAACAUGAAGUUAAUAUGAUUAACUACACCUGUGGUGAACUUGAGGGGGACUGACCUCAUACAUCGACUAAAAAUCACCUUUUUGGCACCAGAAGUAGUUGCAAUUGGUGCAGGAAAAGUUAAGUUAGAUCUGAGAAAAGCUAUAUUUGCAUUGGAAUUUUUAUAUUUAAUGCAAUAAAAUUCAUCCAUUUUUAAGUGUGGCUUAAAGUCAACAUGAAACAUGGUUCACAACCCAUUUUAUUUCCAUAAUCUGCCGUAUUUUCAAGUGAAACAGGAUAUUAAAGUGUAGGACAAGAUUUUAUUAUUCUGAAACUGAUUUAAUUGUAAAAAAAAAUAAGUGGGUUUAACAUGCAAGAAUGGAGCCAGAUGGUUGGAGGGGAGGAGCUGGAAAAAGUAAGAGGACUUGAUGACAUCAUCCCAAAAGGAUAGUCGUUUCAGAGGCGGAGCAAGUUAAUAUAUUGUUUUGUUUUUUUUUACAUUUGGAAUAACAUGCACCCAUAAAUCGUGCACAAUAAGACCAGGAACAUGCCUUAAGAAAGUAAAUGGUGUACGUUUUUAUGUUGGGGGUCACUGUGGAGUGUACCUGAUCUGUGUAUGUAUUUUCCAUUAAGUCAGCACUGUUGUGUUGGUGUCUGGCUAUGUUUAUAUUCUGGGUUCACAGUGUCAGGGGUUUUACCAGCAUGAGGUCUUCAGGGAGGGCACUUGUGUGCUUGGUGAGAGCUUGCAUUAGCUCUAAUGGCCAGAGAGGUCACAUUUAAAACCAUAAUGGCCUUUCCACUCUCCGAUCCUGCUGGGAAAAAUGUCUCAAGCAUUGGCCUCUUCAAAAAGGACGUCACCCCCCCCAACUCCCCAAUAAAAGACGACUUCAAUCUAUCUGCAUAUGCUUUGAAGAAACUCACUUUGCACUGCCCUUGUACGUCCAAUUUCUUCCCUCUUACAUGACGAAGGUUCUCAGUUCUUUUCUGAGACAUUUCUGACACGUUGUCAUUAUAAUUGUGCAUUUGUCACAGUGCUGUUUGUUAGACUGUAGCUAGAGGGGGAAAUUGUGUGUUUGUUGUUUGACAAUUUGUUGUUUGACGAUGACUGAACCAGAGACGAAAAGACACUCUGAUCGUCUAACUGGUCAAUGUGAAGUUGAGGACUUCACGCCUUCACUGCCUUGAUUUACUUGUGUAUAAAAUGGUUAUGAAGUAAUUAUCAUUUUGUACAGUAUGUGUAGUGUACAUAAAGAAUAUGGCACGCAAUUGCACUACACAAAAUGAGUAUUUUAAUGUAAAUUCUAUUAAUUAACAUUAAUCUCAAUUACACAAUCAACAAUUAUGAUUUUUUUUUGUCAUAAUCACGCAGGCCUGAUGCAUAGACUCUGUAAAAAAUCAUUUAUAUUUCAACUGAAUUAGUAUUUUUGUCAUGUUUUCCAGUAAAAAUCUCAAAAUAUUCUUAACCUCUUGAGACCCGAGCGUGACUGCUGUGAGCAUUUUCCAUUUCCCUUUUGGAUUUGUAACUAGUAGCACCUAAUAAACAUGCAAAAAACAAAACAAAAAAAAACAAUAUAUAUAUAUAUAUAUAUUCUAGGGCAAAUAGUUUUCCUAAAAAUGUAUGUCCACGUAUGUGGACAGCGGGACUAAGUUGUGAAAUUUUGAAUAAAACCAAGCCAUAGAAAGUCAGGUUUUUUAUUUAUUUAAUUGUUUAUUUUGAUUCCAGGAGUGUUGGUUAUUCAUGUUUUUGCGACGUUACAGAAAUUAGCAUAAUUAAUUCUGAUUCAAAGUAACAGGCAGCAUCAUCCAAUCACUGCUAACCAUGUAAAAAUAAAAUUAUACAUUAUAAAUUCUGAAUCCAUGUCUGUGAAACAUGUUGAGUGAUCCAAACAUCAUCUGCAGCCUGAAAAUGAACUUUUGGUCAGAUUUUAGAAGUGAAUGCGCUUAGCUGCAUAAAGAGCUAUAGGAUGCUCCCUUGCUCCCUAUUUAAUGAAUAACUUAACCUCCAGUGUGCUGUCUGUCUGCACUGGUCUCAGAACAGUGCUAAAAGCAUAUUAUUUGCAUCCUAACUCCGUAUGAAGCCUAUAAAAGCAAAAAUAUUUUCUCAACGUGAAGAAAUACGCUAAAGUACACAUUAGUGUACAUUAUGUUUAGCAGCGUGGCAUUUCAUGAUUGCUCACGUUUUUAAAAUGGCAUAUCCGAUCAAACUAGAGACUACUCUUUCAACUCAAACAUGUUUCAAUGUAAAGUCUUAAUCAGGUUUCUUGCCAGAGUUAGUUUUUAAACUCCACUGUGAUCAGCGCCAUGUUGUUUUGUCACAUGACUCUGUACAUGGAAAGUUUAACCCUUAACGGUCAGCCCACAGUCUCCUGAACUGAGAUCAGUCGGUUUAAAUGUAUUUAAAUAAUGCCAAAAUACAACGUCCACGCAUGUGGACGCGGGGGUUGCAUGAGGUUAAAACAAGAUAUAUUUACAUGACAAGCAAUAUGGCAUUAAGAAAAACAAACUUGUUCUUCCUUUGAAUUAAGUUUAUUUAUCUUAGCCCAUUGGCAAAAAGUUUUCCUUGUUUUAAGCAUUAACCUCACUCAAUUUAGAUAGAUUUCUCUGAAAACAAGACAAAAAGUAUUUUGCCAUUUUGCUUAUCCAGUACAUUUAUCUUGUUUUAAGAAUGCUUCGAUAUUUUUUUACUGGAAAACAAGACAAAAAUCCUAAUUAAGAAAAUGACUUUUUUGCAUACUGUGCAUGGUAAAUAUACUGCAAUGUAUGAGUAGUAUGGUAUCCCGAAUACAAACUCCUGUGGAAAUUCAAACCUCUCUAGGGAAUACACUGGAUGUCAAACAGCCGUGUGCGGUUUAAAUAGCUGACAGUGACGAAUGCUUUGUGUGUAAAAGUUACGUAUGUGAUCUGUACCGCCCACAGUUUUUUCCAUGCAGACUCAAAUGUGCACAAUAGCAGGCAUGACAUCAGUGAGUUUUUUAUUUGGUAAGUCCGGUUUGGGCCUUCGAGGUCAGCCAGGUCUGUCCGUGGAAUGAUACAGCCACAUCCACGGGUGAUUACAGACAAGCUAUUAGGGAAAAACAAGGAUGUGGAAGAGAAUACCAGACAGGAUCUGCCAGUCCAUCAACAAAAUGAUGCUGAGCAACAUUUACUCGCCUCUUGAGUAUCGGCGGCGUGACCUGUGACUCAUAUAGCAGUUAGCCCCUGUCUCCUGUAGUUUCUCUUGUCAUAAAUGAAGAAAUGUGCUUCGGUUAUAUAACAGAUUCGAUAUCUGCUGAGUAUCCUGCUGUGUUAGAGGAGAUCACUGUAGCUAAUACCACGCAUUUACAUCCAUGGCCCAUUUCCAGUCUGUUUUUGCUUUUCAGAAGUCGUUAACUGAUAAAAAAUUAAAAAAAAAGAGUGUGGAUCAUGCUGGUGUAAAAGCGUGCUUGUAUAUCUGAAAACAUUUAGCCGUUUCUGCCUCCAUAUUCGCAGGUUGCUUCAUUGAUUGUCAGACACUGUUGUGCCAUUGUGAAACUUUUGAUCAAAGUUUUCUUUGUUUGUAAAGACAAGCAACAUGAUACUAUCAUCUGUACAAUUUGUAUAUUAUAAUAAAUAUGAUUUAUAUUUGA